UUCCUCUGGGGUUCGGUGGCGUUGACAACGGCCAGGGAUUAGAUGAGCCGGCCAUCUCGCGACCAUGGAGAACCUGGAAGCCAGGCUCAAGAAUGCCCCUUACCUCCGAUGUGAGAAGGGGAGCGGUUCUGUCCCCCUGUGCCAGAAGUGCGAGUCGUGUGUCCUGGCCUGGAAGAUCUUCUCCACCAAGGAGUGGUUCCGAAGGGUGGGCGGGAUGUCCCAGCGGAGGUUUCUGGUCAGCAUCCUGCAGCAGCUGGACAGCUUGUCCUUGUUACACUAUUUUCAAAAUAUCCUUCAGAGCACACAGGGGAAGGAUUUCAUCUACCACAGGUCCCGGGUCAACCUCUGCGAGAAGGAGGGGAAGGUCGUCAAGCCCUCCUUGAACCAAAUGCCGGACAAGACGGUGGAACAGAAGAUGAGGGAGAUUUUGUCCUGGUUUGGGAACAGCAGCUCCCAGACGAAGGCGAGUUACACACUCCGGCUGCUGCAGCUGUGCGGCCCCCAGUGGCUGCUCACGGCCGCCGACGUCAUCAGGGUCCUGCUUCUGAGAGGGCAGAACGACGCCUCAGGUAACAACCCAGACUCCAACGAUGUGUUCUUCUUCCCUGAGAAAGGCCACACGCCCCCUGGCGAGACCUCACAAUUCUGCUUGGCAGCCAAACCCGGGCACACGUCCCUCCCCUUGUCCAAAACUACAGGGAAAGCAAGCUUGCAUGAAAACGCGCAGGGGGAAGCAGCCACUGCUGAAGCACAGUGGAAGAGUUCGCUCCAGUGUAUUUCCGAGAUGAAUAGGCUGUUUUCUGAAAAAGCAAGUGCGUCCAGAGCAGGCUCGGCCCCUGCCGCCGAUGUGCUGGUGGGUCUGGACGCUGUCAGAGACCUGUCUUCUGGGGUCGGCAGGUACCGCGACUUCAUCCGUCACCUGCCCGUCCACCUCUCCAAGCAUAUUCUAAGUAUGCUGGGUAAGAACAGCCUGAACAAGUGUGCGUUCGUGAGCCAGCACUGGGCCGCGGUGGUGCAGCAGGUCAAGGCCGACCUGUCCAUGCACUCCUUCAUCCAGCACCAGAUCACCUUCCUGCAGGGGUCCUACACCAGGGGAAUAGACCCUAAUUACGCCAACAGGGUUGUUAUUCCAGUUCCUAAGGUGGCGGACGACGGGAAGCGCCUACGUGUGAAAAAUCACAAAUGGAAACUGAGAGUGAAGAAUGACUACAACCUGUGGACCGCAUACCAGAACCAGGAAACUCAGCAGGUGCAGAUGGAGGAGAGGAAUGUCUUCUGCGGCGCUUACAACAUUCGCAUUCUCUCUGACAUGUGGGACCGAAACAGAGUCAUCCACUAUUCUGGGGGAGACCUGUUAGCCGUGUCAUCCAAUCGGAAGAUCCAGCUUCUGGACAUCAUACAAAUAAAGCAGAUACCCAUCAAGUUCCGAGGCCAUGCUGGCAGUGUCCGUGUCCUCUUCUUGUGUGAGGAGGAAAACUUUCUCCUGAGCGGGAGUUAUGACCUGAGUAUCAGAUACUGGGAUCUGAAAAGUGGGGCUUGCAUGCGCAUCUUCAGUGGUCACCAGGGGACUGUCACGUGCAUGGAUGUGUACAAGAACAAGCUCGCAUCUGGAGCAAAAGAUUGCCAGGUAAAAGAGUGGGACAUAGACACAGGGAAGUGCCUGAAGACCUUUAAACACAAAGACCCCAUCUUGGCCACCAGGAUCAAUGACACGUACAUUGUGAGCAGCUGUGAGAAGGGGACGGUCAAAGUGUGGCACGUCGUCACGGCCCAGCUGGUAAAGACGCUCAGCGGCCACGAGGGAGCCGUGAAGUGUCUGUGCUUCGACCAGUGGCAUCUCCUGUCGGGAAGCGCCGACGGCCUGGUGAUGGCCUGGAGCAUGGUGGGAAAGUACGAGCGGUGCCUCAUGGCCUUCAAGCACCCAAAGGAGGUUCUCCACGUGGCCCUUCUCUUCCUCCGGGUCAUCAGUGCCUGUGCAGAUGGCAAGAUCCGCAUUUACAAUUUGCUCAAUGGGAACUGUCUGAAGGUGAUGAAAGCCAAUGGCAGAGGUGACCCAGUGCUGUCCUUCUUUAUUCAGGGCAACAGGAUGGUGAUCAACACAGAGGGCAACGUCCUCCUGUUCCAGUUUGAGAACAUCAAGUGGCAGUACUCCCUGGAACAGGCCAAGCAAAAGAAGGACAGAGAGGAGGACAGGGAGGAAAACGGCCUCACAGACGUUCUCUCCAAGUCUAGCACCCAGAUUUACAGCCCUCGGGAUUCCGUAUCCAGCAAACAGACAGUCCAGGAGUCCCCAUUCAACAGACCUCACAGGUCCCACAUCCUCCUGAGGGCAUCCAGGUUACCUACAGGAGUGUUUACGGGGGUACCUCCAAGUCAAGGAAAGCCAAAGUCACCCGGAAGAGACGGCAGGAAGAGACCGAGUUCUAGGGAAGUCAAUGGCACCGGUGCUGAGCAGGAGAACUCGGAAGCAAAACCCCUCCCUGGAGAGAAGAACGCAGAUGAUGUGGAGAAAGUACCAAAACAAGGACAACUGGGAGCUUCGGGAGACUUGAUCAGUCGCUCAAAAAAGAAAUCGUGGUGCAUCCCUGUGUCACCCGACCGGUUCCUCCUGACCGUGGAUGCCCUGCAGAAAGCGCGUAAUUCCGGGGAGUUUGCCUAUCCCCGGAGGCCCCAAACCCAGGUCAUCGAUGCCUGGGGGCCUUCCAUUUCAUACCCAAGGAAGGUCCUGAGUUUGAAGGGACAGUCGGUCCAACAUGCAGUCGAUCGGCUGAGGUUCAGCAACCCUCCCACAGAGGUGAAACAAACCAGCAUUCCCCUGGAAAUCCAGAAGCUUCAGCCCAACCUGAAGAACUCCGUGCACAGCCCCAGAGUCCAGUCCACCAUCCCCCAGCCGGUGCUCAUCUGCCCCAGGUUCUCUGGCAGCUUGAAGGGUGAGGACCGGGCGACCAGUUUGACGGAGGGGGUGGCGCGCAGCUUCAGCCCCUUAACCAGCACGCAGGUCAUCAAACCCAACCGCAUGCUGGCUCCGCCCAUGGGCAGGAUGGCCCAGGCUGCCAGCAAGGAUCGGCCCCGCUUCUACACGGCCCUCGACCCCUUCAGAGUGAACACGGAGUUCAUGCUGCUGACUGUGAAGGAGGAGAAAGAGUAUGGGGAGGCCAGGAUGAGGGCGUUUCAGGCCGUAAAGCCAGCCAGAGUGGUGGACCCAGAAAAAGCCCGCAGAGCUGCCUGGGUCCGGAAAAUCAAAGGCCUGCCCAUAGAUUCCUUCAUGAAGCAAGGAAAAAUAGCAGCCCCCGAACUUGGACAGGAUGUAUUUAUCUGAACCAGCCUUGGGAAAUUAUAGCGUCUUAUAAUAAACAG